AUGUAUGGACUUUAUUUUCAAAUGUUAUCGAAAUUAGUUCAAUACAAUGGUACAAUAUCUCAAAUUGAAAGUUAUCAAGAAUUUAUUCGUACAAUACAUCAAUUACAUAUAUGUCUUGAAUCUACAUGUCAACAAAAUCGUUUUCAAUUAGAAUUUUUUAAUAGUACAAUAUUAUUACAAGAAAUACUUCAAGAUUUUAUAUCUUAUUCAUUAAAAAUUUCAUCAAAAUUAUUUUUUGAUGAAUUAUUUCUUGAAUUAUCAUCAAAUAAAUAUAAAUAUGCAUCAUUAAUAUUUCUUUUUCGUGUAAUUGAAGUAUUUGAUAUUAGUUUAACUAAACAAUCUAAUGAUGAUCUAUCAAUAUAUAUUAUACAUAAUUUUAUUUCUCAUCUAUUUCAAUUAAUUGAUGAAUGUCGUAUACAACUUGUUUUACCAGCACUUCUUCCAAUAUCAUUUAGUAAAACAAAAGUUGAAUAUGGUAGUCUUUAUGAUAUAACAUAUUCAAUAUUAAUGCGAUUAUUUAAUCAUGAAUCAAUGCAAACUAUUCUAUCAUCAAUGACUAAACUUCUACAAAUAUCAAAUGAAAAUUCUUCAAUUAUGUUAACUUCAAUUCAAUUAUCUAGUGAAUUAAUAAUACAAUCAUGGUAUUUAUAUAAUCAAUUAAUUGAAUAUCAAUAUCUAUAUGGUUUAUUUCUUGCUGAACUUUUUCGACUUGAUAUACAUAAUAAUUUAAUAAAUUAUUUAUUAACAAUGCCAAAUAUACGUACAAUGAAAUUUUAUACAUAUGAUAUAUUCAUUUCAUCGAAUACAUUUCAUUCUAUAUAUGAUUUAUAUUUACUUAUUAAAAAUAAUUUUUUAAAAGAAUCAUUUAUUAAUUCAACAAAUAUAUCAUAUAUAUAUCCAACUAAUAUUGAACAUCUUUAUAUAUUUAUACGUUUAUUUAAUACAGAAUUAAAUUCAAAUCAAAUACAACAUACAAUUGAUACAUGUAUUUAUUCAAUACAACAAUUUCUUUCAUUAUCAUUAAUAACUGAAUUAACAUGUAUGAAUUUUAUAUUUAUUUUACGUAUUUUAUCAUAUUUAAUUAUAAAUAAUUCAAAUGAAAAUUUUAAAUGUUUACUUGGUCAAUUAACACAAUUAUUUAUUAUACUUGAUGAACAAACAGCUAUGAAUGUUCGAUUAGAAUUAUUAAAUGUUUUUACUAUACAUUCAAAUAUACUUGAUGAUAAUGAUCUUGGAAGAUUAUUAGAUUUUAUGUUAACAAAUGCAAUUGAAACAAAUUCGAAUUCAAUUGCUUUUCAUAUUGGAUGUUUAAAUCUUGUAGAUUCAUUAAGACAAAGACCAUCACGUAGUCUUAAUAUAACUGAUCUUAUUAUUCAAUUAAUUGUUCGAUAUGGAAAUGAACAUCAAUGUAGUCAUUUGCUUAAAGUUCAUCUUAUGGUUAGUUGA